CGAAGCACGGAACAGAAUCCGAUAGCUUGUAUUCUUGCGCUAGUACGCUAGACGAUUGAACAUUUAAAUUCGGUAACAGUCCUAAUACCGUAUGGUAUUAUAUCUUCUCUAUUGAAAAGGAUAUCUCGCCUGCAUAUAGAUUAUUUUUUUUUUCUAUCAAAUAUAUAUACAAUUCAUCGUUUAAAUCGUAAUAAAGUGAGUGUAAGUAAAAACUUCCGCUUUUGGGGAACUAUUUCUGGUUAGGGGGCGGCCUUUAGCGGCCAUGAUGGGUGUCAGCGGCGAGUAGUGACGGCAUUCGCUUUGCGUCAGUUGGUUUUCUGCGCUCUGAUGGUUAAUCUAAGGUUUUUCGAGAAUAAAAAGCGCACGAUAAAAGCCGGGAACGAUUGUAAAUAGACAAAAAAAAACGUUUGAUCGACCGUCGGAUAAUCCCAACGUGAUAUUCGCGGCGAUAUUAAUAAAAAAUAAGGGGAAAAAAAAAAAAGGGAGAAAAAAAAAAGUGAAAAAAAAAAGAAAGAAAUAAUAAAGAAAAAAGAAAAAGGAAAGAAGGAAGGAAAGAAAGAUAGAAAGACAGAAAGAAAAAUUAACUUUCCAGGUAAAAUUUGUUGAGAAGUAAAUUGUAAAAAAUGACGCAGCUACUACCCAUAAGGUUUCAGGAACAUCUUCAGCUUACUGCUGUUGGAAUUAAUGCGAGCAAUGCCAGCUUCAACACGCUCACCAUGGAAUCGGAUAAAUUUAUUUGUGUUAGAGAAAAAGUGGGUGAUACUUCCCAGGUAGUCAUUAUCGAUAUGAAUGAUUCUACGAAUCCUACUAGAAGACCUAUUUCGGCUGAUUCUGUUAUCAUGAAUCCUGCAAGUAAAGUUAUUGCACUCAAAGCUGUGAAAACAUUUCAAAUAUUUAAUAUUGAAAUGAAAUCAAAGAUGAAAGCCCAUACUAUGACAGAAGAUGUAGUUUUUUGGAAGUGGAUAUCUAUAAAUACAUUAGCAUUAAUAACCGAGAGUGCAGUUUAUCAUUGGUCGAUGGAAGGAGAUUCAACACCCACUAAGAUGUUUGAUCGUCAUUCAUCUUUAAACGGAUGUCAAAUAAUUAAUUAUAGAACAGAUCCAAAACAGACAUGGUUAUUAUUAAUUGGUAUUUCUGCCCAACAUAACAGAGUAGUAGGUGCAAUGCAACUUUACUCUGUAGAUAGAAAAUGUUCUCAACCUAUCGAAGGACAUGCGGCUGCUUUUGCUCAAUUUAAAAUGGAAGGAAAUCCAGAACCUAGUAACUUAUUUUGUUUUGCCGUUAGAACAGUUCAAGGUGCAAAACUACAUAUUAUAGAAGUAGGGCAACCUCCCUCUGGAAAUCAGCCAUUUCCUAAAAAGGCCGUAGAUGUAUUUUUUCCACCAGAAGCGGGAAAUGAUUUUCCUGUUGCCAUGCAAGUUAGCUCUAAAUAUGAUGUCAUAUAUUUAAUCACAAAAUAUGGCUAUAUACAUAUGUAUGAUAUUGAAUCAGCAAUCUGUAUAUUUAUGAAUCGAAUUUCGGGAGAAACAAUUUUUGUUACUGCGCCUCAUGAAGCUUCUGGUGGUAUAAUCGGUGUAAAUCGAAAGGGUCAAGUUUUAUCUGUAUCCGUGGACGAAGAGAAUAUCAUUCCAUAUAUCAAUGGUGUCUUACAAAAUCCUGAAUUGGCUUUGAGGAUGGCAGUAAGGAAUAAUUUAUCUGGAGCCGAAGAUUUAUUUGUAAGGAAAUUUAAUAUGCUAUUUCAAAAUGGGCAAUACGCGGAAGCUGCUAAAGUUGCCGCUAAUGCUCCAAAGGGAAUUUUAAGAACUCCAGCCACAAUUCAACGAUUUCAGCAGGUUCCUGCUACACAGGGUCAAACUUCACCAUUGCUUCAAUAUUUUGGAAUUCUGCUUGAUCAGGGACAAUUGAACAAAUAUGAAUCAUUGGAAUUAUGCAGACCUGUAUUGGUACAAGGUCGUAAACAACUUCUUGAAAAAUGGUUAAAGGAAGAUAAACUUGAAUGCAGCGAAGAAUUGGGAGAUUUAGUGAAACAAGCUGAUCCCACUCUUGCUUUAAGUGUUUACUUAAGGGCUAAUGUACCCAACAAAGUUAUACAGUGUUUCGCUGAGACCGGUCAAUUUCAAAAGAUCGUUCUAUACGCUAAAAAGGUUUCUUAUACUCCAGAUUAUAUAUUUCUUUUAAGAAAUCUUAUGAGAAUUAAUCCUGACCAAGGCGUAGCAUUUGCACAAAUGUUGGUUCAAGAUGCAGAGCCCUUAGCUGAUAUUAAUCAAAUUGUAGAUAUAUUUAUGGAGCAAAAUAUGGUUCAGCAAUGUACAGCAUUUUUAUUAGAUGCACUUAAAAAUAAUCGACCAAGCGAAGGAGCUUUACAAACACGCCUCCUGGAAAUGAAUCUAAUGUCUGCUCCGCAAGUAGCCGAUGCAAUUUUAGGCAAUCAAAUGUUUACUCACUAUGAUAGAGCGCAUGUUGCACAAUUAUGUGAAAAAGCUGGUCUAUUACAACGUGCUUUGGAACAUUACACGGAUUUGUAUGACAUCAAGAGAGCGGUUGUUCAUACACAUUUAUUAUCACCCGAUUGGCUUGUAGGAUUCUUUGGUACAUUGUCCGUAGAAGAUUCUCUUGAAUGUUUAAAAGCUAUGUUAACGGCGAACAUAAGACAAAAUUUGCAAAUUUGCAUUCAAAUUGCAACGAAGUAUCAUGAACAAUUGACGACUAAAGCACUAAUAGACUUGUUCGAGAGUUUCAAAUCUUACGAAGGCUUGUUUUACUUCUUGGGAUCAAUUGUGAAUUUCAGUCAAGAUCAAGAAGUACAUUUCAAAUACAUACAGGCAGCAUGCAAGACAAAUCAAAUUAAAGAAGUUGAACGUAUAUGUAGGGAAAGUAAUUGUUAUAGUCCUGAACGUGUUAAAAACUUUUUGAAAGAAGCUAAGUUACCAGAUCAGUUACCCUUAAUCAUCGUGUGCGAUCGAUUUGACUUUGUGCAUGACCUAGUCUUAUAUCUUUAUCGGAACAAUUUACAAAAAUACAUAGAAAUAUAUGUUCAAAAAGUAAAUCCAUCACGUUUACCUGUUGUAGUAGGUGGUUUGUUAGACGUUGAUUGUUCAGAAGAUAUUAUUAAAAAUUUAAUUCUUGUCGUACGAGGACAAUUUUCUACCGAUGAACUCGUAGAAGAAGUUGAAAAACGAAAUCGACUGAAAUUAUUAUUACCGUGGUUAGAAUCUCGUGUUCAUGAAGGAUGUGUAGAACCUGCUACUCAUAAUGCAUUGGCAAAGAUCUAUAUUGACAGUAACAAUAAUCCUGAGAGAUUCCUCAAAGAAAAUCAGUUCUACGACAGCAGAGUAGUUGGGAAAUAUUGUGAAAAACGUGAUCCACAUUUAGCUUGUAUCGCUUAUGAACGCGGUCAAUGUGAUAGAGAAUUAAUAAGCGUUUGUAAUGAAAAUAGUCUUUUCAAAAGUGAAGCAAGAUAUUUAGUAAGACGUAGAGAUCCUGAUCUUUGGGCUGAAGUUUUAUUAGAGGGUAAUCCAUACAAGAGACCAUUGAUCGAUCAGAUCGUUCAAACGGCAUUAUCAGAGACCCAAGAUCCCGAAGAUAUAUCAGUAACUGUAAAAGCAUUCAUGACGGCUGAUUUGCCAAAUGAGUUAAUAGAACUUCUCGAAAAGAUAGUACUCGAUAGCAGUGUAUUUAGUGAUCAUCGUAAUUUACAGAAUCUCUUGAUUUUGACAGCAAUAAAGGCUGAUCGCACACGCGUUAUGGAAUAUAUCAAUCGUUUAGAUAAUUAUGAUGCGCCUGACAUUGCCAAUAUCGCUAUUAAUAAUGAACUUUACGAAGAAGCAUUUGCGAUCUUCAAGAAAUUUGAUGUUAAUACAUCGGCUAUACAAGUUCUUAUUGAACAAGUAAACAAUCUCGAUAGGGCAUAUGAAUUUGCCGAGAGAUGUAACGAACCAGCUGUAUGGUCGCAAUUAGCUAGAGCACAAUUACAACAGGGUUUAGUCAAAGAGGCUAUUGAUAGUUUCAUUAAAGCUGACGAUCCAUCGGCAUACGUCGAUGUAGUAGAAACUGCUCAUCGUACUUCCCAUUGGGAAGAUUUGGUUCGCUAUUUACAAAUGGCACGUAAAAAAGCACGCGAAUCAUUCAUAGAAAGUGAAUUGAUUUAUGCAUACGCUCGUACCAACAGACUUGCCGAUUUGGAAGAAUUUAUUUCUGGGCCUAAUCAUGCCGAUAUACAAAAGAUUGGUGAUCGAUGCUUCGAAGAUAAAAUGUAUGAAGCGGCAAAACUUUUGUAUAACAAUGUAUCAAAUUUUGCUCGAUUAGCUAUAACAUUAGUUCAUUUGAAAGAAUUUCAAGGAGCCGUGGAUAGUGCUCGUAAGGCUAACUCCACGCGUACUUGGAAAGAAGUUUGUUUUGCUUGCGUAGACAGUGGAGAAUUUAGAUUAGCACAGAUGUGCGGUUUACACAUUGUUGUACAUGCCGAUGAGCUGGAAGAUUUGAUCAAUUAUUAUCAAGACAGGGGACAUUUUGAAGAAUUGAUUAAUCUUUUGGAAGCUGCCUUAGGAUUAGAAAGAGCACACAUGGGAAUGUUUACGGAAUUAGCUAUAUUGUAUAGUAAAUACAAACCUCAAAGAAUGAGAGAACAUCUUGAACUAUUUUGGUCGCGUGUUAAUAUACCAAAGGUUCUUCGUGCAGCCGAACAAGCACAUUUAUGGGCAGAGCUUGUAUUUUUAUAUGAUAAAUAUGAAGAAUAUGAUAAUGCGGUGUUAGCAAUGAUGCAGCAUCCUACUGAAGCUUGGCGCGAGGGACACUUCAAAGAUGUAAUUACUAAAGUGGCAAAUGUUGAACUAUAUUAUAAAGCUAUACAAUUUUAUGUUGAGUAUAAACCACUACUGCUAAAUGAUAUACUGCUUGUACUCGCACCACGAAUGGAUCACACAAGAGCAGUUGCAUAUUUCACAAGGACUGGACAUUUGCAAUUAGUGAAACCUUAUUUGAGAUCGGUUCAAGCACUUAAUAAUAAAGCAAUUAACGAGGCUUUAAAUGGCUUGCUCAUAGACGAAGAAGAUUAUCAGGGCCUGAGAACGUCGAUAGACGCGUUUGAUAAUUUUGAUAAUAUUGCGUUAGCACAACAAUUGGAAAAGCAUGAAUUAAUUGAGUUCAGAAGAAUUGCUGCAUAUUUAUACAAAGGAAAUAAUCGAUGGAAGCAAUCCGUAGAGCUUUGUAAAAAAGAUAGAUUAUUCAGGGAUGCUAUGGAGUACGCUGCAGAAUCUCGAGAUGCAGAAGUUGCUGAGGCAUUAUUAGAAUGGUUUUUGGAAAGAGGUUCAAAAGACUGUUUCGCAGCAUGUUUAUUCCAUUGUUACGAUUUGCUUCAUCCAGAUGUUAUCUUAGAAUUAGCGUGGAGACAUCGUAUAUUAUCUUUUGCUAUGCCAUAUCUUAUUCAAGUAGCACGUGAAUAUAUUACUAAGGUAAAGGUCGAUAAGUUAGAAGAGGCAGAAAGUCGUCGAAUUGAAGAAACUGAUCAUCAGGAACAUAAACCUAUGAUCAUGCCGGAGCCCCAAUUGAUGCUAACUGCAGGACCUGGUAUGAUGGCACCUGGUUAUGCACCUCAAAAUGUAUACGCUACACCUCCACAAAGUGUGUACGCACCUCCUGCAGCCGCUUAUCAAGGGUAUGGUAUUUGAAAUACACUAUGUAAUGCAUCAAACAAAGCAGGUCAACAAAGUCUACUUUUCUAUAAAAUUUAGGAAAAACAAGAUUAUUUUAUUAGAUUGUAGUCAUAAUUAAUUGCUGAAGAGAAGAAAACAAAAAAAAAAAAAAAGAAAAAAAAAGAAAAAGAAAAAUAUGAAAAAAAAAAAAAAAAAAAAGUGUUAGAAGAAAAAUACUGUUGUAUUGAAAUCUCAUUGUAACACAAUGAAAAUAAUAAGCGCGAGCGCAAGAUUAUUUUCAAGCAUUCUACUGUUUAUAUUAAAUCUUGUAAACAUUUCUUAAAUUGUUAAAUGUAUUACUAACAACCGGAUUAAAAAGUUUCAUUUUUAAAUAAGAAGCACCCCAUAUUGCAAAUUAAGUAUUAAUUAAUAUAAAUAUUUUAAAGAAAAUACAAUGACAAAUAUGUACGAUAUGGUAUAAAUAUUUUUUAAUAUCAUAUUGUCGGUUCUAUAGUUCAUUAUAAAUUGUUUCAUGUUAUUAAAUACAACAUGGUAGGAAAUAACGUAGCGUUGUAUACUAUGUUUAAAAGGGAGAUGAAAAAAUUUGAUUGAUAUAUUAAUGUUUAUACAAUUUAGUUUAAAAAAAAUUAAUAUUACAUUUAUAUAUGGCCGUCUCUAUUACGUUGUAUUAUAAAUUUAUAUUUAUUGAAUUUCUUUCUCUCAUGCUAUAAAGUGCUUCCUUUGAUUAUAAAAUAUAUUAAUGUGAGCGCAUGCAAGGAUUUUUUUUUUUUUUAAGUGAAUUUUAUACUCAUGUUAAGUUAAUAGUUCCAAGAACAGUAAAUUGUUAAUGUCAUAUAUACAUAAUAUUCUCAGUUUAUUCAAAAACAUUACUAUUUAAAUAAUUGGAGAUAAAUUUUAAUUUAUUAUAUAUUAUUGUUUUUUUUUCCCCCUUUAAAUAAUUAGAAAGAAGUUUCCGAUACAUCAUUAUAAUAGUAGGAUAUAUUGCGAAGCAUAUAUAUAUAUAUAUAGUUAUUGAAAAAGGGAACUUGAAAUGCAUCUAUGAUUGCCUGGAUGUAACAACGCUAUGAGAUAAUUGGAGAUUUACAUAUUGUAUGUGUAGCAUGUAAUAUAUAUAUAUAUAUAUAUAUACAUAUGUUUGUGUAUAUGUAUAUAUAUAUAUAUAUAUGUUGGUAAUAAAACACGAAAAGAAGCUUUAUAAUAUUGCCUAAUAAAAAAUAAGAUUCAUCAUUUAAAAAAAUAUUUCUGUUUAUUCUGUGAAAACAUCGGAUUGUAAAAUGUCUCAUUAUCAUAUUGAUGUAUCGAUAUACAUAUAUAUAUAUAUACAUAUAUACAUAUAUAUAUAUUUAUUCGAUUGUAUAUUUACGUCUUUGUUUAUUAUAUACAACAUUUUUACUUCUAGCCAAGAAAUAUGGCAAUAAAUUAUACACAAAGGAUAUAAAUAAAAUUGUCGAUGUGUAUGCAAGUGUAAUAGGAUAAAAGAGAGAUUAUUUCUUAAUUCGUUGUAUGAACAUACAGUCUUUAAUGUUUUCUACUUAUUCCAUGCAUUCAUUGAUAUACUAUUAUUACUACGUUUCUUAUUUUAACUAUUAACUUUACAUUGUUACACACUUAUAGUAUUUAUAAUCAUUCAAACAAAAUAGAUUUUUAAAGUGAUAGCAAAAUAUGUAGUUAUAAUUCAAUCAUGACAUUAACUUGUUGAUCAAUUUAUGUUCUAUGUACAAAACAUUUAAUAUUUGAUUCAAUGUACAAUAUGUGAUUCUAUCUUUAUCUCUAUUUCUAUACUUUGGUAUUUCUGGUAUAUAUCUUACGUGUCACGUUCCUGAAUAGGUCUAUUUCACGACAUAAGACAUCUCAGUCAACAUUUUUACGUUUCAUAGAUCACAAAGAAAAACAUUGUAAUAUUUCAAAAACCUUGUUAUACAUAAAAGAUAUUAAACGAAAGUUAUUUAACGAAAGAUUCUGAGGUAAAAUAUAGGGCACAAUACAUUUAAAUAUUAAUUAACAUUUGAGAUCAGAAACAAUGUUCUUGAUUGUACAACUUUCGUUUAGUAUUCAAGCUUUAGGAAACAUAUGUUAAGUCAAGUUGAUACAAAUGAGAAUGUUUAACAUUUUCAAAAAUUAUUUCGUUCUUUUUCAAGUUAAAAAGAAAAACAAAUAUUAUAUUGUUUAAUAUUUUUAUUUUACGUGCUAAUCUAAUUGGGGAUUAUUAUAGUAUUAUAUCAUAAUAUUCUAUUAUUAUUAAUUUUGAUCAAUUAUUGAAUACACUGAAUUGAAAAUAGAAUUGGUUAAUAAUUAUGUAUAUAUACAUAUACAUAUACACAUAUAUAUGUAUAUAUAUAUAAUUAUAUAUCGUACUGCUAUUCAAUGUAACAUGUAAGUAGUAUAUAUAUAUAUACAUAUAUUAUAUCGUAUUCUAUAUCAGAGUGAAUGGUAUAAGAAAAAUAAAUAAUUAUAAUAACUGUAUUAAAUGAUAUAAGUCCAUGCGCCAAAACCAAUGGAAUUGUAAUUUGUGGCAAAGAAAGUUCACAAUGAUAUUUUAAUGAAAAGCAAUCUUUAUUAAAAGUUGCCUUAUUAUUUUGCUCAUAGCAUAUAUGGCAUCAGCUAAUCAUAUUAUGUAUAUUUAAAUGAUACAUUAGUAGGAUAAAGAUAUGAAAUUAAAAAAAAAAAAAAAAAAAAAACAGAAAAAAAAGAAAAAAAAAUUGAUAGAAUAUAAAAUAUAUUAUUUAUUAGAUGAAAUACAUUCUGAGAUAAUGAAAAUGUAGAGAUACAAUGCUCCUCAGGCUUCAAGUAUUUUAAUAACUUAUUAUUGUAUUGGCUAUUAUAUAAUAGAUGUUUUUGUGAACA